AUGUCGAACUGCAUCUUCUGCAAGAUCGUGGAAGGAGCGAUCCCGUGCCACAAGGUGGCGGAGACCGCCAGGGUGCUGGCCUUCAUGGACAUCAAUCCCCUUUCCCACGGCCACGUGCUGGUGGUCCCCAGGGUCCACGCGGAGUUCCUGCAUCAGGUGGAGACGGAGACGGCGGCGGAGGUGGGAGUGCUGCUGACAAAAAUUGCCCGCGUCGUUGCCGAGGAGGGGGAGACGACGACACAGUACAACAUCCUGCAGAACAACGGCAGGCUCGCCCAUCAGGAGGUGCCGCACGUGCACUUCCACGUUAUCCCGAAGCGCACGGAGACGGAGGGGCUCGGUAUGCGCUGGAACACUCUGCCGACCGACCACGCCGCCUUCGCGGCGGAGGCGGCGCGGUACCGGCAGGCCCUGGAAAAGAUAUGA